AAGAAAAAAGGAGGGAGGGAUUUAUUACUCAUAUUCGUCCUUUACAUUUCUUGAGCACAAGGGCUGUCACAGUUUUUCUCUUUGUCUGGAUGAGAUGAAGAGACGGCCACGCUCUAACCUCUGAGCUGAUUGAAACUGAAGAUAGAAAGUGAAGGAGACACCAAUUCGAUAUUAAUGUGGAGCAAAUUUAAAAAGACUGAGGACUCACUGGACGAUCAGACUCGAUGCUUCUCUUACUGGAGUGAAGUACCGUCACAGAGGAACGUCUGCAGGAGAUGAGGAACAUGAUGUUGAUUUCUGCCAUAGUUUUCUUCUUGGUAUCUGAAGCGUGGAGCCUCGACCCAGGAACUAAUCAAAGCACCUCUGUGACCUCCAGGAUUUAUGUUGUCAGAAAUCUAAUGUUCAACUUGGGCAGUGACGUGAACCUGACCUGCAGUGACAGGGAGUGGAACAACACCAUCUAUGUAAUUUGGAAAAUCCAGCACAAAAACUGUGAGAUCUCCUUCAGCAACAUUACGGGCGAGAAGCUAGACUCCUGCAACGAUAGCAAGUCUCUCAGGAACCCCUCCAGGGCUCAGUCGUACCUGCACAUCCCAAACCUCUCCGCCGCUGACGAGGGGGUCUACAAAUGUGAUUUUGUUUUCUUCGGUGGGGAAGAGAGCUAUAAGAUCAACGUGGCCAUCACAGUUCCUCCCAGUUUGUCAGCCUGGAUAGAGCACAGCAAGGACAAGAUGGUGGCAGUGUGCAGAGCUGAAGGAGGAAAACCUGCAGCCAACAUCAGCUGGACUCACAGCAGAGACUCGCAGUCUGUGGAGACGCGUGUCUCAGACGAACUCAUUACAGUGGAAAGUCGUCUGGAGCUCGACGAGGGCACAGACACGCAGAACCUGUCCUGUGCUGUCAGGCACCCGUACUGGCAACAGGAGCAGAUUCUGACGCCAAAACUCAGAAAAGAUUACGUUCCUUUUCUGCUCAUCCUCAUUGGUGUGGUUAUCAGUGUGCUUUUGGUGGGAUUUGCAGUUUUUGCACAAAAGAAAAUCAUAAUGUUGAGGCGAUGCCACCGGUCUGUCUCAUCAUCAUCCAAAUCUCCACCGAUAGAGGAUGUGGAGGAAGUGGAACCUUAUGCCAGCUAUGUUCAACGUGUGAACUCGAUCUAUAACUGAGCUGCACGUUUGUUCACACUUCAAUGCACGUGGCUCUUUUUGAGGGUCUGAAAGAAGAGAAAAGGAGAGGUGGAGGAGAAGCAGUUAAAGAAAGAGAAGUUAGUCUUUCGAUGAGGGAGGAGAGCCUCUCACCUCCUUCCUGACAAACACUCGACUGAUGGAACAGGGGAGCACCUCAUGUCUCGUACCGGCUCCAAAACAUGCAGCCCAUUGCUCUGUGUGUGUGUGUUAUAUUAUAUUAUUAUUAUUAUUAAUAACUUUUAGCUGAACUCUUCAGCCGGACGUGUCAGACUACAGAACUACAGACUGUUGAUGUUGCUGAUGAAAUACAGGAGCUGUAAUUCGAUGUUAUAAUAAUUUGUACAUUAACAGAGAUUAUCAUCUUUUAUCUUUUAAGAUUCUUACUGCAGUAGUGAUAAGUAAAGGAUACUCGU